AGUGACACUCCCUGUGAAUCUUGACAAACUCGAAAAUAAACUUGCAAUCCGAUUUCCGUACUAUGCUUUGUGUAUGACGUCAUCAGUUCGUGUGUUCGGAAAAGUCUUCAAAGCUUAAACUGAUUCAGAAGACAAAUCGGCAUGCCUUGAAAUGAUGAUAUAUUCUGUCUCAGAACAGUGAAAACAGAGUGACAAAAAUGAAAGGGAAAGGUAAAGGGGCCCAGGACAAGGAGUGUCCGUUGAUGUUCCCUGACUUAGAAAUUGUUGAUCAUGUGAAACAAUGUCCAAGAUAUACAACUAUUUUGGGGCGGGCUGAAGGGGAAACUAUUGGUCUGGAAGAGUUGGACGUGAUUCAGGGAGAUUUGGAGACGCUGUUAGCAAAUGCAGGAAAGAGACUGAAGGUUUUGGAAAAUGAGAUGCAACUACUGACAAAUUGGCAGGAAAAGUCUGGAGAAAUUAAACCUGUUGGGAAAGUGAAAGGUGGAAAAGUGCAACCAGAAACACCAAGUAAAAGAAGUAAAAUAGCAGAUGAUAAACCUAGCAAGAAAUUUAAAGAGACCAGUGGAAAGGCAUCAACUGUGACCUCUGCUGGCAAAUUGAAGACAAAACUGUCUCAGGUAAAACCACCGGAUCAUGUAGAUCACUUAGAACCGAACCCAAUCGAAAUCCCCAAACUCCCGAAGAAUAAUGCUGUGAACAAAUUCUGGACGUCCGUAGAACCUUAUUGUGCGGACAUCACAAAUGAUGACAUGAAAUUUCUUGAAGAAAUUAUCAGAUCUCAUGAAGAUGACGCGGACUAUUUUAAAGUGCCGUCUCUUGGCAUGCAUUACACGGAGAAGUGGGCGGAAGAAGAUUUGAUUGAAGAGCAGAAACAAGGUGCAAAGAUCAGUGAUAAAAGAAAUGGAGUUGCUGAUACCAAUGGUGCAACAACCUUGCUAAAAUCUGCCGAAGUUGGGCUACAUGAUGAGUCACCUUUUGGACCCCUUACACAGAGACUUGUAUCAGCCCUUAUAGAAGAAAAUAUAAUGACACCUAUCGAUGAUGAAAUGGACGAUGUUUACCCGGAAGAUGAAUCCCUCAACGAGUCUGCAGCUAUUUCACCAAAAGAAUUAGCCAAACAGCUGAACCUUGGUAAUCCCUCCCACCUUGAGAAAAGAAUAAAGAGAGAGCUUGAAGAACAGGGAAUUUUAGAUUUUGAAGAGGAUGAUGAAGAUGAUGAAAAUGACGAGAUUUUACGGGAACUUCGAGCGAAACAGGCGGAACUAAAAUCUGUGUGUCAACAUAAUUUACUAGCAACUAAAAAACUUUACAAGUUAGCAAAGGAUGAAAUGGCCAAACAAGAACUGAAAAGAAAGCUGGCUCUAUCCGACUCAGAGGUGAUGGAUGCCUAUCGUAAAGUACAACUAACGAAACAGAAGAAGAAAACACCGACGAAGAAAGAGAGAGAUGCAGUGAUAAAAGCUCUGAAAGACAGGGAAGUCUUAAUGAAACAGAUUGAUAUUAAUGUAUGAUGAGAUUAAGUAGAUGACUUCUUGAAUUGGUCUGGCGAAGAAAAACCAGUGUUUCAUCAUGUGGUGUUACCAUGAAGAAAACGAAAAUAUGAGCCUUCAGACCUGAAGAAAAGUAUUGUUUCUUUAC